UCCCCAGCUGGAAAACAACCCCACAUCUGGCACGCGAGAGCUGAGCGUUUUUUUUUUCAGCAGCAAGACCUGCUGGGAUAUUUCAGUGCAUGAUUAAACGCGCCACUGGAUCCAUCUCAGCUUUCUUCGUCUCGUGUGCAGAAGAGAAAAAGUUGUGGAGGAAUAGUUGUGGAUUUUGGCGUUGAAGCAUUUGGAUAAGAUCUGUUUGAAAGGUGUGAGGAGUGACACGUUACUUCAGGCUCAGUGGUUCAUGCUGCAGGCCUGUACUACCGUGCGUAAUUAGCCAAUAUUCUUUUGCCUUUCUCUCUUUCCUUUUUUAACGAGCAGCAUCCUUGUGUUCAUGGACGGAAAAUAAGUGCAACAUCUGGAGGCAUCAGUUUAAGUCACAUUGUGCAAUCUGUUCGACGACAACAUCUAAAAACACACAUAGCCUACCUGCAUUUUUGUGGCACCAGACUGAGUUGUAACAGGUGGUUUUAUUUGAGCGUCUCACUUUGGCGCUGUCUGGAUCGUUACAGUUUGGAUAAAUGACCCACGCAGGCCAUCAUAAGGACCGGGGUCUGAAAUGAGGGCGCACUUUGCGUUCAUUUUUUGAUUAUUUUUGUUUUUACAGUUUGUAACGGAGAGGCGAACAGCCACAAGGUCUCUGCUUCUAAAUGAUUAGCUCGGUGUGUGUUUCGACUUACCGAGGGCGCAAGUCAGGCAACAAACCUCCGUCUAAAUCAUGUCUGAAAGAGGAGAUGGCCAGAGGGGAAGACUCGGACAAAAUUAUCAUCAACGUGGGCGGCACUCGACAUGAAACCUACAAGAGCACCCUCAGGACCCUGCCGGGGACCCGCCUGGCGUGGCUGGCAGACCCGGACACGCAGGUCAGCACCGACUCGGACUCUGCGCCCCCGAGUGCCACCGAGUUCUUCUUCGACAGACACCCGGGCAUCUUCGCCUACGUGCUCAACUAUUACCGGACCGGCAAGCUGCACUGCCCGGCAGACGUGUGCGGUCCGCUCUUCGAGGAGGAGCUGGCGUUUUGGGGGAUAGACGAGACCGACGUGGAGCCGUGCUGCUGGAUGACCUACCGGCAGCACCGGGACGCGGAGGAGGCCCUGGAGAUAUUUGAACCGCCGAACCCAGACGACACUGACGACGAGAGAGAUAUGCCAAGGCGGUUCGGCAUCGAGGACUGUCCAGAUAGGUCUAGAGGCUGUUGUGAAGUUUGGCAGCCGAAGAUCUGGGCCCUGUUUGACGACCCGUACUCCUCUAAAGCAGCCAGGGGGGUUGCACUUGCCUCUCUCUUCUUCAUCCUGGUGUCCAUCACCACCUUCUGCCUGGAGACCCAUGAAGCCUUCAAUGAACUGAAGAACCGGACGGUUCAGGUUGUCGAGGGCAACAGCACACGGGAGGUAGAGAAGAGUGAGAUGGUGACCAAGCCCAUCCUCACCCUGGUAGAGGGCAUCUGUGUGAUCUGGUUCACAUUUGAAUUCCUGGUGCGUAUCAUCUGCUGCCCAAAUAAGGUGGUCUUCAUCAAGAACUCACUCAACAUCAUUGACUUUGUGGCCAUUUUGCCCUUCUACCUGGAGCUGGGCCUGAGUGGUCUGUCAUCCAAAGCGGCCAGAGACGUGUUGGGCUUCCUCCGAGUGGUGCGGUUUGUUCGGAUCCUCCGGAUCUUCAAACUGACGCGGCACUUUGUAGGCCUGCGUGUGCUGGGCCACACACUGAGGGCCAGUGUCAAUGAAUUCCUCCUGCUCAUCAUCUUCUUGGCACUGGGCGUACUCAUCUUCGCCACCAUGAUUUACUACGCAGAGCGCAUCGGAGCCAUGCCCGACGACCCCACGGGCUCCAACCACACACACUUCAAGAACAUCCCCAUCAGCUUCUGGUGGGCAGUGGUUACCAUGACGACACUGGGCUACGGAGACAUGUACCCACAGACGUGGCUGGGCAUGAUGGUGGGGGCGCUGUGCGCACUGGCUGGGGUGCUGACCAUCGCCAUGCCGGUCCCUGUCAUCGUCAAUAAUUUUGGGAUGUACUACUCGCUGGCGAUGGCCAAACAGAAGCUGCCUAAAAAGAAGAAGAAGCACAACCCGAACCCAGACGCUCCGACUGACUCGGCCUCGUUUAUGAAGUCGGAAACGGACUCACACAGAGACAGCACGCAGAGCGACACGUGUCCACUUGCUGUUGAAGAGAGUGUCAUCAGGAACCGUUCAGAUUCCAAACAGAAUGGGGAUGCAAAUGUGGCCCUUUCAGAAGAGGAAGGCUGCAGCCUGACCCAGCCGCUCUCCCCCAGUGAAAAGUGGUCCCUGCGGUGCACCCGAGGGCGAGACAAGACUAAAAAAGAGGGCACCUGCUUCCUCCUGACCUCUGGAGACCCCACUGUCCAUACUGACAGCUGUAAAGACAUCCUCGCUGCCACUGGAAACUAUGCCCAGCCGGAGGUCACCACUCUGACCUGAUGCUGAUUGGCUACAAAAAGCAGAACAAGCAUGAACCCGCAGUGGAGUACAUGCUGUCCAGAGCUUCACCUCUGGUCCCUACUUUCGUUUCCUUCCUGAAUGAACUGCAGACCGGAUUCUUUUUUAUUCAUGGUCUUUUUUGUUGUUUGUUUCUGUCAUGAAUCCAAACCCUGUAAUGGAAAAUCAGUUGCUAAGCAGAUUAACCAUACAUUCUCUCAUUUACAUGUUACAGAGCAUUUUGCAUGCAUUGCAUGAUCCAUCAUUGUAAAAUGUACUUUAAGAGCUGGCUACUGUUAAUACGCUUAUCAUUUAGAGGACAUGUCAUUGCUUGUCUUAAAGGCCCUGAAAAUGUAUUUUCUCAAUUAGCUCAUUUUUUGGACCAGUGGGGUCCUACAUGAAGAGUUGUGGUUAUUUCACAAGAUAUUUUUCUGUUUUCAUCUGGGCUUUUCUCAUUGGUUUGAAGAGAAGGUUGGAAAACUGACAUAUUUACAUCCACCAAUCAGGAUUUGAAUCUGAAUCUGAAUCUGAUGACAGCUCGGUCGCUAUCAAUCAAACCAAAUCAACCCAAAUCAAAUCAAACACACCCACACAGUCCUGAUGAAGCUUAUCAGGUGAGUUUCUGGGUCUUAAAUUCUUGAUAGGAUGUUGAUUUUCAAAUUUCACCUCAUUUAGUCAUGACUGUUUAACAUUAUAGAGGAAGGCUUAAGAUUUUUCAGGGGCUUUAAUCUUAUGUGAGUCUGUUUUAACCACCUGGCAACAGUUUUUGUUUGUGUGUUUCUCUCUUCUUGUUUGUAGUAAUAUGUACAGAAAACAGUCAGUUUGAGCUUUUUUUGGACCUCAAAAAAUUUCAUUUGGAUUAAUGUCAUAUAUCCAUAGAUGUUGUUGACUGUCAUUUAAGAACACCCAGACACUUGUGAAUAUGGGUUUGUACAGCGAAACUGUUACUGUGAACUAGGAUUAGAUGAAAACUUGAAAUCAUUGUUUGAUCCUCAACCAAACAUACCCAGAGUUCUUUGUUGAUCAUCCGGUCUCUGCCUUCUGUUGUGCCACUGCUUUUUAACACUGACCACAGGGACAACAUGCAGAUAUUUUGUCAAGACACAGCUUGGUAUGAAUGCUGCUCAGGCAACACAUUGUUUGUAAAUCCUUGUACAAUAAGAGAGUUUAACAAAAGAAAAAAAAAAUCAAUGGAGCAGUAUUGUCUGUCUAUUAAAGUUGAUGCAUCAUUACUGGUUGAGUCAGGACCAAAUGUAGACUCUAUUAGAUUACAU